AUGAGCUACACACCAAGAUCGGCGGAUGUGUACGCGUACGACCCAGCUCUACCACCAACCAAUGUACCAAUUGUAUCCGGGGCGACCGCCUAUGACUGCCCACAGAGCGGCAACACGUUCAUAUUGAUAUUCAACGAAGCACUUUACUAUGGGAACCGGUUAGAUCAUUCAUUGAUCAACCCAAACCAAGUCCGCAAGUUCGGAAUCCCCCUAUGGGAUAAUCCGUUUGAUGAGAUGAGGAAUAUUGGCAUCAAAACCAAGCCGAUAUUUGUUGCACUCAAGGCAAAGGGGACAAAGUUACUAUUUGAUUUAAGGGCCCCAACUGAUCAAGAACUCGCAAAUCGCCCCCACAUUGAUAUGACAAGCAAAGUGCCUUGGAACCUAGGUACCGUACAACUUGGGAAAGUCUCAAUCGUCCACGAAGACCCAAUAGAUGACCCAAGAUCCAACGAAGCUGAAUUGAGACAAUUGGAUCCAAUCAUGCAAGGAAUGAACGAAUGGCGCACAGUACAGCAGACAAUAGUUGAUGGGGAGAGAUUCUUCCAACAAGUUGGACGAAUGGACGAUGAUGCACGAUUCGCAGACGUACCUGUGAGGCCGUCCUUUGUAUCCACGGAACAACACACCAAAGCAACGGCAGAAAACCUAUCUGAACGACAAGGAAUCGGUUUGCACAGAGCACGCGCCACCUUGAGAUCGACACUACAAAGGGGAACACGAUCCGCCAUACUACCACUGGCAAGGAGGUACCGAGCGGACCGCAUGUUCCUAAGACCAAGACUGAAAGGCAAGUUCUCAACCGACACGGCCUAUUUCAACCACAAGGCAAGCCAGAUCUAUUUCCACAAGAGCGGUUUCUACAGUUGCCAUCAUCUCUCAAAAGUGGACGACAAACAAGUUGGGCCGACCCUCAAGAAAUUCAUAGCUGACUACGGUAUACCAGAGCACCUCACGAUGGACGGAGCAGCGGUACAAGUGGGACGCAACACGAGCUUUAUGGAAACGAUCAACAGAGCCGCGAUUAACUACCACAUCUCCAGACCAUACCGACCGGAAGAAAACCCAGCCAAAGGGGGGAUCAGAGAGCUCAAGCGAC